CGCCGCCUUCGGCGCAGCGGAACUACCCGCCCCAGCAGCCCGCGCGGCGACCCGCCUUGGCUGGUGCAAUCUGCUCGCAGCAGAAAGUGGGCAGCGGCCAGCGGGUCUUCCUCCCUCCAGGAGCUCGGCUGCAUGGGGCUUCCUCCCGGGACUUUGUCUCCGCGGUCCGGACAGAGCCCCCCCCUUGCUGUGAUGGUCGGGCCCGUGCCUUAACUGCCCGAGCUCGCCACCGCCUCCCUUGCAAGAUCGCGCGGCUCGGCCCCCUCUCCCCAGCCAAGUUGCCCGAAGGAGAGCGCCAAGCAUGCACUUGUAACCGGCCGGCCAGCCAGCCAGCCGCCCUCUGCGGAUGAAGACAUUUUGCGCCGCUCUUGCGCAUUAGCGGAGACCCUCUCCUUGGAGGCGCCUGGAUCGGGACACCAAAUCAAGAGCCCCGCUCCCUCCCCAAGAGCAUGCAUCGCCUGUCGGGGUUGGCAAAGGAAGCCGGCUGCCAGCGCGAGAGCAAAGAGGCGGCUCUGCGCUUCGUCGCCUCGCUGGUGGCCGGCCAGCCGCCGCCGCCGCCGGGACCCGCGCGGCCCCAUCCUCGGCUGCUGGGGCGAGUGGGGCUGGCGCGGCGCUGGAGCAGCGCGGCCAAGGCCUCUGCGGUGAAGGUGGAGGAGAAGCCGGCCCGGGAGAAGAUCCUCACGCUGGAGUCCAUGAACCCCCAGGUGAAGGCGGUGGAGUACGCCGUGCGGGGGCCCAUCGUGCUGAAAGCGGGCGAGAUCGAGAAGGAGCUGCGGAAGGGAAUCAAAAAGCCUUUCACAGAAGUCAUCAAGGCUAAUAUCGGCGAUGCACACGCAAUGGGGCAGCGACCCAUCACUUUCCUUCGGCAGGUGGUUGCACUCUGCACAUACCCAGACCUGUUGGACAGCCCCAGCUUCCCUGAAGACUCUAAGGAAAGAGCGAGACGCAUCUUGCAGGAUUGUGGAGGGAACAGCUUAGGUUCUUAUAGUGCCAGCCAAGGGGUGAACUGUAUCCGCGAAGAUGUCGCAGCCUACAUUGAAAGGCGAGAUGGAGGCGUGCCUGCGGACCCUGAUAACAUAUACCUGACGACGGGAGCAAGUGACGGCAUUGCGACUAUUCUAAAGAUCCUUGUCUCCGGAGGAGGGAGAUCACGGACUGGCGUGAUGAUCCCAAUCCCACAGUAUCCCUUGUAUUCAGCAGCCAUUUCAGAAUUGGAUGCUAUUCAGGUGAACUAUUACCUUGACGAAGAGAACUGCUGGGCCCUAGACGUGGAUGAACUCCGUCGUUCCUUGAAUGAAGCCAAAGCUUACUGUAACCCGAAGGUCCUGUGCAUCAUCAAUCCAGGAAAUCCCACAGGUCAGGUUCAAAGCAGAAAGUGCAUUGAAGACGUGAUACACUUUGCUUGGGAGGAGAAACUGUUUCUUCUGGCUGAUGAGGUUUAUCAAGACAACGUCUACUCGGAAAGCUGCGAGUUUAACUCCUUCAAAAAGAUCCUGUACGAGAUGGGACCGGAUUACUCCAGUAAUGUGGAACUGGCCUCCUUUCAUUCCACCUCCAAGGGAUACAUGGGCGAGUGUGGCUACAGAGGGGGCUACAUGGAAGUGAUUAACUUGCACCCCGAUAUUAAAGGGCAACUUGUUAAGCUCCUUUCAGUCCGGUUGUGUCCGCCGGUUUCUGGUCAAGCAGCCAUGGACAUUGUAGUGAAUCCUCCCGUGCCUGGGGAAGAAUCUUAUGCACAGUUCGUCAAGGAGAAGGAGUCUGUCUUGAACAACCUGGCAAAAAAAGCCAAGCUCACAGAAGACAUGUUCAACCAGGUACCUGGAAUUCACUGCAACCCGCUCCAAGGAGCUUUGUAUGCUUUCCCGCGAAUAUUUAUCCCUUCCAAGGCCAUUGAGACAGCAAAGGCUCAUAAAAUGGCUCCGGACAUGUUCUACUGUAUGAAACUUUUGGAGGAAACUGGAAUCUGUGUUGUUCCUGGAAGUGGAUUUGGCCAAAGAGAAGGAACUUACCACUUCAGGAUGACAAUUCUUCCUCCGGUAGAAAAGCUAAAGAUCUUGCUGGAGAAAGUGAAAGAUUUCCAUAUAAAAUUUCUCAAAGAAUACUCCUAAACAAAAGACUUUCUCUUUUUCCAGAGUGCUUCUGGAAAGAAAAACAAAGCUGUGAUGGAAAAAAUAUGCUUUUUAAAUCUUUAAUCAAAUCCACAAUACACUAGCUAGAGCCCAGCUAUGAAAUUUCAGUAAAUCCAACCUAAUGUCUACUGUGGAGUAUACUGUAAUAACUUUAUGGAAAGGGAUGAAAGUCAGAGCAGGAACAGAAAAGAGUACAAUAUUUGUGCCUUGACAAGAACAUAUUCAUAGCUUUGUAUGGUUGGCUAGAUAAGAGAUAGAUAAGAGAGGGAAGUUCCUAAUAAGAUUUUUUGACACUCAAAAUUUGCAAACAUCCUGACUAAAUUACUCAACGGAAGUCCCAUUGAAAUUAAUAAGACAAGUUAGUCCCAUUCAUUUCUUGUGCUAUUACUUUCAGUGGGACUUCCGUCGAGUAAUUGAGCGAGGAUGCCAGCCAAAUUUGUUCUUUGUUUUUAAGGACAAAGUGUUAGCAACAUCCGAUCAAGCCGGCAUUUCUGUGUCAAACACCUUUCUAUACUUCCAGAAAAACGUGCUUUCUACAUUUUAGGAAGCAUCCCUUUCUAUUGUAUGUGUGUCUUAAAAGUUGUGCAGUUAGAAUAUAGUUUGCAUGGUCUCUUGUGCAACUCUUGUUCUUGUCACUGGGGCUUGCGCAGAGGAGUUUGUGGCGGAUCGGGCCGCCCUGUAUCUUCCUGUUCAGACUUCUCACUUGAGUACUAUACCACACUGUGGGCAAUAGGUAUCUGUUUUCAAUUUCUGUUUCAGGAUUUAAGAAAUCACCAAAAUUUUGCUCUGACAACGUAAUGAGUGUUGCCUCUUGUCCAGGCUAGAUAUGAAAACUGCAGGCAUGAAAACUGCAGCAACAGGGUCUUUGCAUGGAAUAUGUUAUUUUCAAUUCAUCUUCAGUUUACAAGCAUGAGCAAAGUAAUUGAGGGUCAAGAUAUCAGGACAGGACUGUCCAGCUUGCAUUUGGUGAUGUACUGCUUUAGAAACGGGAGAUUGAGUACAUUACCUAAGCCACGAAAAGGGAGACUCCUUCAGUGUUCGAAUCCAUCUCAGCAUGAUAGUAAAUAUGUAGUGCUGGCAUUGGAUGUGUGUUUGCCUGUAUUACCAAAUGAGUUGCCAAUUUUGCUGAAUCUUGUUCUUAGGAGAAAGGGCCAAUGUUGAAGGGGACUCAGAGGUCCAGCAGUAGAAAAGGGUCCAAUUUUUGACAAGUAAGCAUACUGUCUUGUCUGAAUAUUCAGCCCCCAGCAGGGCUGUAGUUCUUAACCUGAACAGACACAGGACUAGAAGUUCUGUGAAAAGAUUGCUCCACUGUUUACCUCUUAUGUGCCGAACCUCAUUAAAACUGAAGAGUUCUCCAGGGUAUUCUAACAAGAACAAUCUGAGCAACACAUAGACCUUCAGCUGUAGAAUUCGAGUUGUUCAAAAAGUCAUUGCACCUCUGCCUUUCAGCUCGGUAAGCAUCAUUUCAUACACCGCAAAGUCUACCCAAGGUGGUGAGUGGGCCUCGCUGCUAACCCGAGUGGCCACCUGAAUUCAUGGUACUUUACCACCAUACGGUAGAAUCCAAGAGUCUCAUUUGGGGCCACCUGGGAUUAAUCUUCUAAAAUUGUGAAAUUUGUUCAUUGCAUUCUGUGUAUCUACCUGUAUACAGCACUUGGUACUUAGUGCUUGCCCAAAGUUCCCAGACAGGGUCAAGUGAAUUGCCCCACUGGAUAAAACAAGUUGGCCCAGAAUACUAGCCACCAUACUUAAUCCAACUAUAGAACUGAGCAGAAUUUCAGAUGUAAGCAACUGUUAUGGAUAGCAUUGGUUCCUAGCAGACAGGUACAACUGCUAUCAAACUCUGGCCUUGGGGCAGUCGAAAACUAAUAUAGUUUUGUCUGUAGGAUGUCGCCCCGAUCAUCUUAUUCGUCCCAUGUGAGGGAGGGACGAAUAGGAGGAAACAUAAUCCUGGAAGGAAACAUAAUCCUGAACGAACUCUCAGCUUGCCAGCACUGGCACAGUUUCCUAAGCAUUUAACUCUGAAGCCGUGAAAAGCUAAGCGCUAGCAAAGAGGGUGGAAUCCUUUCACUCUGAACAUUUCAAUAAAAGUGAAAUUACAAAGCAAUUGCACUUUCCCCUCAAAUCUGAAUUGUGGGGGGUCGCUGUUUAGGGAGUGCUGCCAUACUGAAAACUUGGCGCAAGAGAAUUCUGUGCUCUAAUAAUGGCAGUUACUAUAUAUUUUUUAAUAUUUUUGUAAGUAGAGAUUUUUUUCAUGGGUUGAGGGGGGGAGGAUAGUAUUUGUAGUCUUUAACAAGCCUUUUAUAUUUGCCUUGUGUUUACACCCAAUGUUCCUGGAAUCAAUGCAAGGUUUACAUGUUUCUAAACACUUUUGUGGGCUUGUUUAAUUUCCCCCCUUUCCCCUUCCAUCCUUUGAAAAUGGGGACAGUCCUUGCAAUUUUUCUUUUAAAUCAAGGAUGCUGACCUACUUCCUGUUGUGUUUUCUAAACAAUCGAUUAUGGUGCCUUUUUGGUUUCUGGUACUGCAAGGGAGAAUGUAGGGGGUUUUGUUUUUCCUGCAUCUCUUUUGGAAAAGAGUGCUUGUACAACAGUUGACUUGCUACACCUGUAUGUACUGUGAUGAGCUAAUGUUGAACUCAAGUUGUGAACUGAGUUGUUGAACUCCGCUUGAGCUGGGGUUGCUAGUCUCGGACUUAUUGCGGAAUUGACCUUCGAGGACGUUUCCCCAAACCACCAAUCUGAGGACCGCAGCCUGAGCAACGGAGAACAUUAAGACACUGGUUUUGUUGACAUGUUUGUCUAAUAUGCAAGUCCUUGAAUUAAGGAGGCAGUUUCUACCAUUGUGAUGCAUGCUCGUAGGUUUGAUUUCCCUACAGGUGCUCCUCAGACUGUACUUGGGACGACUCUUUAAAUGUACCUACAACUUCAGCAAAAAUAAACAGAGUGACUGGAAA